AUGGGGAGCGAGGCUGAAAAGAUAUUCACUUCGUUCAACCUAAGUGAAGACGAAAAGAAAAGCUACGAGGCGGUGCUUAAGAAGUUUGACGAGUACUUUAUUCCCCGCCGCAACAUCAUACAUGAGCGGGCUUGUUUUUAUCAGCGCGGCCAGCAGCCCGGGGAAACGGCAGAGCAGUAUAUCCGUGUUUUGUACGAGGUGGCGGAGCAUUGCGAGUUUGGCGAUAAGCGGGAUGAGCACAUCAGAGAUCGCUUGGCAGAAGAGAUCAACAAGCACGUCAGCCUCCAGUCCAGCGCGCCAGAGGCCAUGGCGGUGAACAUGGUCCGGCGGCAGAGCGGACCUCACACGGACAGACCGGGGCGUUAUAGACCGCGCCAAGAUGCAAGCAGCCGGCAGGGAACAUACAAAAUGGAGGGCUGCGGGAAAUGCGGCGGAGAUCUCAAAUGCAUGGGGCUGUUCCAGGCUACCACCAAGUAUAAAGAGCAGCAGUACACGUUCAAUGUUUAUGUCAUAGAAGGGAAAGUCAGCUGCUUACUGGGGCGCCAUGAGGCAGUGGAGAUGGGCCUUGUGAUAAGAGUGAACGAGGUCAGUACUGUUUUCAGCUCAGGUGGACUGCUGGAUACAGAGCCAGUGAAGAUAGUUCUACAAGAGGGUGCCCAGCCAUAUGCAGUACAUACAGCCAGACGGAUUCCCCUGCCCCUCGUCCCUCUGGUAAAGAAGGAGCUGCACCGAAUGGAAAGCGAAGGCAUCAUUGAAAAGAGCCUCAUGGAGAAGGGGUUUAAGUUGUAUGUUUGUUCGUACAUCAUAAACUUUGAAGAUUACACUCCGUGA